AUGCCUGUCCGCAGGGGCCACGUCGCGCCCCAAAACACUUACCUGGACACCAUUAUCCGCAAGUUCGAAGGCCAGAGUCGAAAGUUCCUGAUCGCCAAUGCUCAGAUGGAGAACUGCGCCAUCAUUUACUGCAACGAUGGUUUCUGUGAACUCUUUGGCUACUCCCGAGUGGAGGUGAUGCAGCAACCGUGCACCUGUGACUUCCUCACAGGCCCCAACACCCCACGCAGUGCCAUAUCCCGCCUGGCGCAGGCCCUGCUGGGGGCCAAGGAGUGCAAGGUGGACAUCCUCUACUACCGCAAGGAUGCCUCCAGCUUCCGCUGCCUGGUGGACGUGGUGCCUGUGAAGAAUGAGGAUGGGGCUGUCAUCAUGUUCAUCCUCAACUUUGAAGAUCUGGCCCAGCUCCUGGCUAAGAGCGGGAGCCGCAGCCUGUCCCAGCGUUUGCUGUCCCAGAGCUUCCUGGGCUCCGAGGGUUCUCAUGGCAGGCCAGGUGCACAGGGGCCUGGCACAGGCAGGGUCAAGUACAGAACCAUCAGCCAGAUUCCGCGGUUCACGCUCAACUUUGUGGAGUUCAACCUGGAGAAGCACCGCUCGGGCUCCACCACGGAAAUUGAGAUCAUCGCGCCUCACAAGGUGGUGGAGCGAACCCAGAAUGUCACCGAGAAGGUCACCCAGGUCCUGUCCUUGGGUGCAGAUGUGCUGCCAGAGUACAAGCUGCAGGCGCCGCGCAUUCACCGUGGGACCCUCCUGCACUACAGCCCCUUCAAGGCCGUGUGGGACUGGCUCAUCCUGCUGCUGGUCAUCUACACGGCUGUCUUCACGCCCUACUCGGCCGCCUUCCUGCUCAGCCACCAGGAUGAGUCUCGGCGUGGAGACUGUAGCUACACCUGCAGUCCACUCACCGUGGUGGACCUCAUCGUGGACAUCAUGUUUGUCGUGGACAUUGUCAUCAACUUCCGCACCACCUACGUCAACACCAAUGACGAGGUGGUCAGCCACCCCCGCCGCAUUGCCGUCCACUACUUCAAGGGCUGGUUCCUCAUUGACAUGGUGGCCGCCAUCCCCUUCGACUUGCUCAUCUUCCGCACCGGCUCUGAUGAGACCACGACCCUGAUCGGGCUGCUGAAGACGGCGCGGCUGCUGCGGCUGGUGCGCGUGGCCCGGAAGCUGGACCGCUACUCUGAGUACGGGGCGGCCGUGCUCUUCCUGCUCAUGUGCACCUUCGCGCUCAUCGCGCACUGGCUGGCCUGCAUCUGGUACGCCAUCGGCAACGUGGAACGGCCUUACCUGGAGCCCAAGAUCGGCUGGCUGGACAGCCUGGGUGCGCAGCUCGGCAAGCGCUACAAUGGCAGUGACCCGGCCUCGGGCCCCUCCGUGCAGGACAAGUAUGUCACCGCCCUCUACUUCACCUUCAGCAGCCUCACCAGCGUGGGCUUUGGCAACGUGUCUCCCAACACCAAUUCAGAGAAGGUCUUCUCUAUCUGCGUCAUGCUCAUCGGCUCCCUCAUGUACGCCAGCAUCUUCGGCAACGUAUCUGCCAUCAUCCAGCGCCUGUACUCAGGCACCGCGCGCUACCAUACGCAGAUGCUGCGUGUCAAGGAGUUCAUCCGCUUCCACCAGAUCCCCAACCCGCUGCGGCAGCGCCUGGAAGAGUACUUCCAGCACGCCUGGUCCUACACCAACGGCAUCGAUAUGAACGCGGUGCUGAAGGGCUUCCCGGAGUGCCUGCAAGCCGACAUCUGCAUGCACCUGCACCGUGCGCUGCUGCAGCACUGCCCAGCCUUCCGCGGGGCCAGCAAGGGCUGCCUGCGCGCCCUCGCCGUCAAGUUCAAGACGACGCACGCACCGCCGGGGGACACGCUGGUGCACCUCGGCGACGUGCUUUCCACGCUCUACUUCAUCUCCCGAGGCUCCAUCGAGAUCCUGCGCGAUGACGUGGUCGUGGCUAUCCUAGGAAAGAACGACAUCUUUGGGGAGCCCGUUAGCCUCCAUGCCCAGCCAGGCAAGUCCAGCGCAGACGUGCGGGCCCUGACUUACUGCGACCUGCACAAGAUCCAGCGUGCAGACCUGCUGGAGGUGCUGGACAUGUACCCUGCCUUCGCAGACAGCUUCUGGAGUAAGCUGGAAGUCACCUUCAACUUGCGGGACGCAGAUGGGGGUCUCCAGUCAUCACCCCAACAGGCUCCAGGCCAGGACCACCAGAGCUUCUUCCUCAGUGACAACCAUUCAGGUGCAGCCCCUUCCCUGAGCCUCUCAGAUGCAUCUGACCUCUGGCCUGAGUUGCUGCAGCAAGUGCCCCCAAGGCCAAGGUACAGCCCCUCAGACCCUCAGAGAGACCCAGACUGCUGGCCUCGGGAGCUGGGCUCCAGGCUAGAGCAGCUCCAGGCCCAGAUGAACAGGCUGGAGUCCCGCUUGUCCUCAGACCUCAGCCGCAUCCUGCAGCUCCUUCAGCAGCCCCUGCCCCAAGGCCACACUGGCUACAUUCUGGGAGCCCCAGCCUCCAAUGACCUGGCCUUGUUUCCUGCGCCCUCAGCGACUCAGAUCCCAGGAACCAGGCUGCCCCAGAGCAGUCUGCCCCCUGCACAGACCCCAAGCUACGACGACUUGGACAAAUGUGGGCCGAAGCGCAGGAACUCUUCCUCCAGGAUGCCUCACCUGGUCAUGGAUAUGGACAAAACUCUGACAUUGUCCUCGGAACCAGAGCAGCCUGAGGGGCUCCUGUCACCCCUGGCCUCACCUCUGUGUCCCCUAGAGGUACAGGGGCUCGUGUGUGGUCCCCGCUUCCCCUCUCUCCCUGAACACCUCGGCUCUGUCCCCAGGCACCUGGAGUUCCAGAGACACGGCUCAGAUCCUGGAUUUAUGGGGAGUUAG